CAGAGUUGUUACUACUUUCAUAAAUCAAAAUUAUUCGAUCUUGUUAUUACAUUCUAAAUUAUUAUAUUUUCUAAUUCUUCAAAAGUAAAAUGUUUUGGCACAACUUAUUAAUUGGUUGAUAUUAGAAACUUUCAUUUAGUAAGAAAAUAUAAUACGGUGAUGUGAUACUAUUUAAAUUAAAUUGAAUCUAGUGCAUGUAUUUGCAAUAUCGAUCGCGAAAUUGCAAAUUAGGUUGAACUACUUUUUAUUUAUUCCAUAUCAGUGCAGUCAUAUCUUUUAUGUAAACUAGAUAGCUACGCCCCCUUUUCACAUUACUUCACACUUUUACGUAUUUUGUAUACCAUUAAAAAAAUAAGAAAGAAAAAUGGCAAGUGAAAGUAGUUCAGCAGUCUUAGAUUUGAAUGAUGUGGACACAACUGAUACAGAAGUAGGCAGUGUCACAGAUGAUAGAGAGGGUUCACCCCUCAUCAUGGAGACGGGAUAUGAUAUCGCUGUUAAGGUAGACGCGCCCAUGAAACAGCUGUCGACUCUAGAAACAUUUGUGACGUUUCGCGUACGAUGCGUUUGCGCACGAUGGCCUGCACCGCCCUACGUUAGACGACGGUUUAAUCAUUUUAAGCUACUUCACAAGCGCCUGUCAGCCGCCCAUCCAUUAGUGGCAAUACCACCGCUGCCUCCGCUGCAUUCAGCGAGGCAGCAGCUCGAUAGAUAUUCGCCGUCGUUCGUCGCUGUGCGAGCGUUAGCGCUUGACGCUGUUAUGGAGAGAAUCGCAAAACACCCAAUUUUGACACACAGCGACGAUUUCAGACUUUUCGUGACCACACCAGACGAAGAUAUUGAUAAGAUAUUUAAAAGUGAAAACAGCGCUUUAAAUUUAUGGGGGCUUAGUACAGCUCUGUAUGGGAACAACGAGGCGAAGGUCACCAAUGGCGCUAGAGUGAAAGACCCGGAGUUCACCUCGGCAGGUGAUUACAUGCAGUCGUUGCAGGUGAAGUUGACAGCACUCUGCUCGCUCACCAACAAGCUGUACAAGGGAUCCGUCUCCCUCAGCAACGAGUAUACAGGCAUGCGUCGUGCCUGCGACGCGUGGGCCAGCCAAGUGGGCGGGCGGAGCUCCCGCGCCUGCGCUGCCGUGGCUAGGGGAUGCGCCGGCGCAGCUGCAGCCCGAGAAAGAGCCCCGCUCAAGUAUAAAGCCAUUUUGCCCCUGUUGGCCGCAUAUGCGAAUGCCCAUCUGGACAAGAUCAAGGCUAGAGAUGCUUUGCAUGCUGCAUACAUUGCUGGCAACAAUGCGACAGGUGACAAUCAUAACAGGUUGGAACAGGCCUCGGAGGCUCUCCGCUCCGAGCUAUCUGACUGGAUCCCGAAGACACGGCGGGAAGUGAAGAGCCACCUGCUGGAGAUGGCCGACAGGCAGGUGGCCAUCCACUCUCAGUCGCUGAUGGCCUGGGAGGCGGCGCUGGAACUCUCGCACGAGGCGGACGUCGGCCAACUCUUCAAAACCGUAUCGAAAACGGCCGUGCAGAACCUCUCCCCCUCCAAGUGCCCGACGGAUGUCGAGAGCGACUUCGACGGGAAUAAUGAAGACGAAACGAAGGAGAACGGAGUGAACGGGGAGAAGGAAGAGAAGUCCUCGGAAGAGGAGAAGGAGUUCGCGGACCCUCUGCAGAAGUUCACCGAAGUGGAGUUGUCCUGAUUGUGCGACACUCUGUUCUGCGAUGUGUUCAAGCAGAUCAUUCAUUGAACUUCUUGUGUUAACCUUUGACUUCAUCUGUUGGUUUAGUCUUAAUCUUAACUAAUGGUCCUUCCAGCUUAAGGGAGGCUUCAAGUAUUACGUCACGCAAUUUUUUUGAGAUUAUUGAAAACCCCCC